CACACUUGAACACAAGCACACAUACAUACGCACACACACACACCCUCCUCCCCCAUCGCUGCAGUGUCUCUUAACUGCCUUGGAGCUAACAAGAGGGGAAAUAGCACAUCGACAAUUAUAAGAGGAGGAGAGAGCACGACACAACGAAAGAGUGUCAGUGAAUGAGUGCAUGUGUGAGAGGAGAUUCAGACGGAUCUGAGGAUGUUGGCGAUUCAGGAGUAAAGGGACGGACCGCGCGCUCCCUCUGCCUCCCAAGCGAAUGUUUGUCUGCAGUGUUGCUGGUGAAUGGACUGCAAGCAGUGAAACGGAACGUGGGCCUUUAGCUGCCUCACUGGCUUAUGUAAGCAGAACGAUCUAGUACACAGUCACCCAAAACAGUCCACAAGAACAAAGGUCUGACAUUCCAUCGUACGAAAGUGUCUGAAGAAAAUUAAAGGAGGUAGGAGUUGUCUACAGAUGAAUCAGUCACAGAAAUACAGGGAAGCACACUGGACGCCAUGAGGGAGGAGAGCGAAGGAAUUUUACGAUUUCGACUUUCUCUCGAUGAACAUUGACAAGUUCACUUAAAGCCCGCCGUGCUCAGGGGAGAGAGUCCCCUGAUAUGAACCCCAAGUCCUUGGGAUCUCAAAGGCAACUGCCCUUAUGCCAGGGCCUGAGUGGGUCUUCCACCAUGUCAUGGUAGCAUUGUGCGCCAAAAAAAUCAACCCUUAAAAAAAAUCAUAAACUGUAGACUUGAACAAUGCAAGUUGUCUAACAUCAAUCUGAAACAGGUUUCCAGCAAAAGCUUCCUCUAGUCUCCGCUCAACUGUAUCAACGUAUCUUAUUUACAUUGCAUACUUUUUACCGUCCACUCUCUCACUCCCUGGGAUUACCAGCUCAAGUCCAGGUGCAGUCAACCAUGGGGUGCCGGCAGAGUUCGGAGGAAAAGGAGGCCGCCCGGCGCUCACGGCGCAUCGAUCGACACCUCCGCUCAGAGAGCCAACGGCAGCGACGUGAGAUCAAACUUCUACUGCUCGGCACCAGCAACUCUGGUAAGAGCACCAUCGUGAAGCAGAUGAAGAUCAUCCACAGUGGAGGCUUCAACCUGGAGGCCUGCAAGGAAUACAAGCCCCUCAUUCUCUACAACGCCAUCGACUCACUCACCCGCAUCAUCCGUGCCCUCGCCACCUUGAAGAUCGACUUCCAUAACCCCGAUCGAGCUUAUGACGCAGUGCAACUCUUUGCCCUCACCGGGCCUGCUGAGAGCAAGGGUGAGAUCACACCAGAGCUCCUGGGGGUGAUGAAGCGCUUGUGGGCCGAUCCAGGGGUCCAGGAGUGUUUCUGCCGCUCCAAUGAGUACCAUCUAGAGGACAAUACGGCCUAUUAUCUAAAUGACCUGGACCGCAUUUCUGCCCCAGAGUACAUCCCAACUGUUGAGGACAUUCUGCGCUCACGAGACAUGACCACUGGCAUUGUUGAGAACAAAUUCACCUUCAAGGAGCUCACCUUCAAAAUGGUGGACGUGGGUGGCCAGCGUUCAGAAAGGAAGAAGUGGAUCCACUGUUUUGAGGGUGUGACUGCCAUUAUAUUCUGUGUGGAGCUCAGUGGCUAUGACCUCAAGCUUUAUGAAGACAACCAGACGAGCCGUAUGGCGGAGAGCCUGCGUUUGUUCGAUUCCAUCUGCAACAACAACUGGUUCACCAAUACCUCGCUCAUCCUCUUCCUCAACAAGAAGGACCUGCUGGCCGAGAAGAUCAAGCGUAUUCCGCUGACGGUCUGCUUCGCUGACUACAAGGGCCAGAACACCUAUGAGGAGGCGGCUGUGUACGUGCAAAGGCAGUUUGAGGACCUCAACCGCAACAAGGAGACCAAGGAAAUCUACUCGCACUUCACUUGCGCCACUGAUACCAGCAACAUCCAGUUUGUGUUUGACGCGGUGACGGACGUGAUCAUCCAAAACAAUCUCAAGUACAUUGGGUUGUGCUAGGACGAGGGGACGGGGGAGAGGGGUGACAGGUGCGGCAAACAAAAAACCCUUUGGCGAACAAUGAGGCUUGUCUGUCGAUUGAUCCAGGCACCCUCAAAAACGCUUGUUGAAACAGGAAACUCGGAUGAGGCCCAGAGGAAGGCUACAUGCUGCCAUCCUGCUAGAUUUAUCAAUGUCAAAAAAGUAAAGGUCAAGGAGGAUUUUACAAGGUUGGUAUAAAUGUGUUUGCACUGAACAUAUGACUAUGUAGACACACACACAUGCAUCGUUACGUUUGUUCACACACAACGGACUUUGGGAUCAGUUGUCAAGCACAUGUUUGACAUGGAAACACUGGAAACAGAUCUCCCCGCUCCUCUCUUCCCUGAGAAAUAGCAGGAAUUCUUUACCAUCUAUUAAAGGGAUAGUUCACACAAAAAAGACAAAAAGUCAUUAUUUACUCAUAUCAUUCCAAACCUGUAUGACUUACUGCUUUCUUCUAUGCAACACAAAAGGAGAUGUUUAGCUGAAUGUUCAUGUUUCUCUUUUCCAUACAGUGAAUGUGAAUGGUGAAAUGACAAAACAAACAAACAACAACAACAACAACAAAACACCAUAAAUGUAGCAUAACAUGUGACUUGUGUGAUUAUUAUUAAGGAAUACAACCAUAUGCACAUAUUCAAAUUUGGUGCAUCGCAACUGGUUAAGAUACACACUAGCACUACAAUUUUUAUGUCAACUGAAGAAAAGGUGAGUGUUUGCCUCAGUAGUCAAGGCACUGAUCAGGGAGUCAGCCAUUUUAAGGGCUGUCUCAAUCGCUAAAUCCUUCCAGUGCAUUGAAACGUUUGCUCCUUAAAAAGUCCCACAAUGCACCGUGAAAACCAGGGAGCAUGGAUGCUCACUGUGUUCCCUUAACGGAAGUGCUGAAGCGCAAAACGUAAAUCACCAACUCACUACACACAAUGCCAUGCAAUACAAACCAUUAUUUAAUUAUAUUUCAGCAUAAACAUACAUCUCUAGGCAGGUAAUGAACAUAAUCUAGCUAACAAUUAUAAUUUUUUUUUUAACAUCUGAAAUGUUGCACAUAUAUGUAACAAGCAAAGUAUUUAUCAUAAUGUAUUUUAAAUAACAUUUAAAAAAAUUCUGUCAGAAAGUCAUCAGUUUUGCUGUUGUUCAUAAAUACCAGUAGUGAUGUUGUACAAUGUUGUCACGUCGCUGGAAAUAGAGUCAUCAGUAUCCCAGUGUGUAGUGAGCCAGGGUUCUUACCGUCCUUACCAGUGCCUGAAUUCAUAUACACGAUAUACUGAUUCACGACCUGGGAAGCUAGGGAGCUAAUUGAGAUGCACCCUAUGAGAUUUUUAACACUUUCAAUAUAAAAUAUAAUAUAAAAAUAUAAUAUAAAAACUAUAUUCAUUGUACUAUAUAUUCAUUAUAUCCAUUCAUUGUCAUUGUGUGGAAAAGAGUGGCAUGAACAUUCUGCUAAAUAUCUCUAUUUGCAUUCCACAGAAGAAAUGAAGUCAUAUAGAUUUGAAGUGAUAUAUGGGUGAGUAAAGGAUAACAUUUUUACUUAAAGGUGAACCAUUCCUUUAAAUUUUGUCUUUCUUUUUAGGUUCUUUGAUUUGCCUGAUUUAAGUAAUGCUGCUUCUGGAGAGGAUAUAAAGAGUUUAUAUGAAAGUAUAAUUGUAUAUUAGAGGAUAAAGGUGGUAUCCUGAGAGAAAGAAAAAAAAUUAUGAUGUCAUUUGGUUUUGCUUCAAAGGUGAAAUCUGCCGCUGUCUGAAUAUGGAGUCAAAUGGCAUUUUUACUCACAUUCACACUGUAGUUUAUUUUUGGUGGUCUGACCCCUAGGAAGCAAUCUAUUUUCUUUUUAUUCUGUUUUCCUUUAGCCUAAAUAGGAUGUAAUCCAGAGUUUUUAGAGCAAGCGUCCUUCUGUCCAUGAGAGUGUUACACUGACAUGAACAUUAAGUGUUUCAUAACGAUCAUUCCAGAUUCAAAGAAAAAUAAACAGUGCCAAUAUUAAUGUAAAUAAAAAAAAGGCCCGCCAAUCAUGUUACUUUUUCGGUUUUUAUGGACAAAAAAGUAUAUAUAUAUUGAAACAUUAAAUAUGCAUGAUUUUGUUACUUUGGGAUUUUGAUAAAUUAUAGUUUGAUUUGCUUUCUUAUAUUUUUAGUUUUACUAACAUGCUCCAAAAAUAUAUCAAAGUCAAACACUGUGUACGAUUGUACAGUUGUUUCCUGCAAGGUAUUUAUUGAAAAGAGUUUUAUGUGCAGAAAGAUUCAUUUUACGUCCAGCGCACCCUAAACUCAGCACGAAAACAUAAAAAGAGGAUUUACUCCUCAAAUUUUGUCUGCAACAGAAAAAGAGAGAAAGAGAGAGAAAUGAAUAUCUAUAAAAGAGCAGAUCUUUUUAUCCUGGUGUCAUUUUGAGUGGACGUUGUCCGCUGUAUGUGUAAAUACUAUGUGAGGUACACUUCGUGAGACAAUGAAAAAAAAAAAAGAAAUCACUUUUUAAGAUGUAGGGCUGAUUGACAGAUUAAAGGGGUCCACCCCGCUCCAGUCCUCCUCCUGUUCUGCUAUGACGAUGUACAACAAACCCAAAUAAGGGCUUCAAGAUUGAUUUUACAGGAUGUCCACCAAAAAGAAAAAAAAAAAAAGGAAACAAAGAAACAGAUAAUAAAGUAUAAAAGAACAAUAAUAGUGAAUAAAAACAAUUAUGCAAA